AUAAUAUAUAUAACAUACAAAAUAUUUUUAACAUUGAAAUACAUUUGGAUUUCGCAUGGCCAAGCUCUUGACACGGUGCAUGCUGCAAGCAAACAGCCGAGCCAUGUUUGCCUCCAGGACCUCAUAAAUCACCGCUGUGGCAUGAAUGGGACGAACAUUAAGGAGCCCAAUUGUGACUUAAUGUUCACAAAUACAAGCCCACUUACAUUUUCGUGCGGGUUUCCCUGAUAUCUUAGCUUAAAGGGGGCUGAGUCUAUCCACGCGUUGGGCAAUGAUUCAUUUUUAUGGCCUGUUUAAACAGGCUGGCUCUCCUACAACGGCUCGCUGGAGUUGCAUGUCUGUGCAAGCUGCUCACUUCCCGUGUGGGGAUCAAAUUCAAACCAGACCGCUAGGAUAAUUUAUGAGAUGUGCCCCUCGAACGUAUAAGUGUCAUUUCCAUUAUUUUAUUAUAGUUAUCAUUAUUUUCUAGGAUUAUUUUCUCAAGCCGUCAGGUGAAAUAUUGGGAUUCGAUAUGAUGAUUAUGAAUAGCUUUGCUCUAUUGCUUUGCACUUACGUUGACUUAUGGGAAUCGUUUAAUAGCCCACUUUGGUUCAAUAUCGGGAUGUAACUUUGCGCGUGAAAUCAACAACCACCAGUUGCAUCGAUCGAUUUUAUAACACGCAUCUGUGGCAAAAAAAAAAUAAUAAUCAACAGAGUGUAUAUGCUCUCUUUUGUGUGUUAAAAACAGAUGUAGACUCGGGGAAAAAAACUGCGGUGGGGGAGCCCUGCAGUAUUGGUGUCCAUAACCAAAUCAUUCCGAGACAACGCGUCUUUUCUGUGCGCACAUGUGCUCACACAAAGAGGACAGAGAGCUGCGUGGCCUGCUGGUGGCUGGCUCCCCUGACAUGCACCAUUCUCCGCGCCCACGCAUGCUCUUUGCUGCAGAUGGGAUGUCAGAGGCGAGGUGGGAGGGGGAAGGGAAUUAGAGUAGGCUAUUGACUGCUAGCUUUGCUUACAAGUUUACGUCAUGCAUUUUGGAAAAUCUUAUGAACAUAUAUACUAUAUGUGCGUAUAUGCAUAAAUAGUGCAUGUCACUCCAUUGUGCUAUAUUGUUACUAUAGAUUUGCUAGUUUGUGCAGCUGCACCGAAUUGUGAUAUGCACGACUUUCAUAUGUUUUUGUUCGAUGUUGCAAUCUUCACUGAAAUAUUAUUUUCAUUUUAGGUGUAAUGCUACAUUUGACCACCGAAGGCGCUCAUUCAUCCCAAUGGAUCCGCUCAUUCACGCCCCCACCUCCCCCUCCCUUUUCUUUUCUCUCAGUCAAGAGCUUGCCCUCCGGUCUGCUCCCACUCCCACUCACUCCCACUCUCUCUUCCCACCCGACAAUCUCCACAACCAUUAAUUUAUUUCCCCAGCAGCUUCAUUUGAUGAACUUUUUAACAGGGUAAUCAAGCCACGGGCUAUGCGCGAACACCACCGCUGGCCACGCAUUAUCACUCCAUUUGAUCACGCCAUAAUGAAUACAUACACCGUGUAAGUUAAGUCAGAGUUGACCCUGAGAGGAAACUGAAUUAAUAGCACAUUCUAUUAGUGAAUCUCGCCGUUUCCUCAACCUUCCAGCAAGUCUGACAUGCAGAUAAAUGUGACCCUAAUGAGAAAACAAAGUCAUGAGAGCAACGCCAUUAUCCUCCGCUGGCUUCUUUUGGGUGUCAAUGGAGUGAAACAUUUGCCCUCUCUGCCCCGCUGUGACAAUAUUUGCUGAGUAAAUCCCUCGCAGUGUUAAAGCGUGAAACAUUUGGCAUCGGAAUGAGACACUGAUAGCCUCUGGCAGUGACACACAUUGACACAUUCAUUCAUCCAGAAAAAAAUAGUUCCUCCCUUACAAUGACACGAUUUAAUGACAUCACGCAUGAUUGCCUCCCCCUAAAAAAAUAGCCUACCUGGGGUCAGAGUGCACACCUUCGCUUUGGAGCAUCCCCGAGCGUCCCGUGCAUGCAACCCCGUCCGCCGUCCGCCACCGUCUGCCACCCAGCUUCAUUGUUUGCUCGGCCAAUGCGUAAGUGCAUGACGCGUCACCUUGAUCGACGAGCGGCUGGAAUUUAAAUAGCCACUCAAACAGCAAUCUGUCAGCGGCUGAGAGGAUAAGCUCAAGUGUCUCACUGGCUGACCCGGACCCACGUGACCACACCCGUUCAUUGAUGUUGGUCAAUGCCCCCCCUUUAACCCCCCUCCCCGCCCUCCUCUUGAUAUCAGCGUAUAGGUAAAUGUUGGCACGGUCACUCGGGGUAAGAGAGGAGAGAUCAGAGGUGCUCCAAGCGCUCCCUGGACUCAAACAUGCUACAAUGAGCACUUUCUUAGAUUAUUCCGUCAUGAACAAUGAGGGUGGGUCGUGUUCCGUGAGAGCUUUCCACCCGGAUCACGGGAUUACAACUUUCCAGUCGUGCGCAGUGACGGUGAACAACUGCGGCGCGGAUGAGCGCUUCAUGGCGAGCAGGGCUUCCCCGGACGAGCACCAGCAGCCGGGCUCCUACCAGUCCCCCGCGGGGAAUCUGCAUGGGCUCGCUUACGGCGCGCACCCAACCUGCAGCUCCGGCUACGGCGCGCAAAGUUUCUGCGCGUCCUACAACCAUUACGCGCUCAGCCAGGAAGUCGACUCCACCGCGGGGUUUCCACAGUGCGGCCCGCUCGUGUACUCGGGUAACCUUUCCACGUCAGUGGUGGCGCAACAUCGCCAGAAUUACACUGCAGCCCCUAUGGGUCAACUGCAGUAUGCUCACCCGGCCUACGGAGGCGGGCACGAGCAAGCCACCCCCUUCCCCGGGUGCUCGAACCCUCUGUCUCCUCUGCAUGCGGCUCACCUGGAGGGAUGCUGCUCUCCUCUGUCCGAGGGAGCUUCCAAUGCACAGACCUUCGAUUGGAUGAAAGUCAAGAGGAAUCCUCCUAAAACAGGGAGGUCAGGUGAGUACGGCUACGGAAGUCAGCCCAACACGGUGCGGACCAACUUCACCACCAAACAACUGACCGAGUUGGAGAAGGAGUUCCACUUUAACAAGUAUCUGACCCGAGCACGGCGCGUGGAGAUCGCCGCUACGCUGCAGCUGAAUGAGACUCAAGUGAAAAUCUGGUUCCAGAACCGAAGGAUGAAGCAGAAGAAACGAGAGAAAGAAGGGCUGCUCCCGGUCAAGGCCGUGACCUCUGACCCUGGCGAGCACCUUCAGGAGAAACUGGACGACGCCGCGUCGGAAAAGUCGGUUUCGGCUCCUUCGACCCCUUCCCCUCCUUCCUCCUCGGUGUCCUCCACUGGGGGGGACCCUUACUGUUCCAAUUAAAAGCCACUUGCCUCAUCCCCAAAGCUAAUAGCCAAAGUCCUGCAUUACCAAAAGUACAUUUUGGAGGAACACAUGCACUUUUUGGACAUGUAGGCAAAAUGGACGGGCUCUAAUUGUCUUUUCUAUUGUGUAUUGUAAAUCUGAAAAUGUGCAGUAUUAACUUCUUUGGACUGUACCUCAAAUGUGCCAAAGUCACAACAAUCAUCAUAAUCCACAUCGUUACGCACAUUGUGUGAAAGUCUUGUGUGAGAGUUGCAUGGUGCGUUCACGGGUGAUCGGGAUGCUGAGUUUUAUCAGUUUACCAAGGCACGCGUUGCGGGCUUCUAUUUGUUUGUAUAUUUAACCAAGCACAAACGUUUACGGGUCAAACAUGGGAUUAUUAAAGUGAGGUUGUACCUCUUAAAAGUU